AUGGAGCGCGAGAGCCGGCUCCGGGAGCUGUUCAGCCGGAUCGACGCGCGGCGUCGCGGCUUCAUCGCGCAAGAGGAUCUGGACCUCUUCGCGCAGUCGCUGCGGAUGCCGCGCGCGUUCGUGCACGACUUCGUGGACGAGGGCGACCAGUCGGGCGACGGGAAGAUGUCGUUCGAGGAGUUCGCGGCGUUCGUGCGGUCGAAGGAGAUUUCGUUACAGGCGUCGUACGAGUCGCUGCAGCCGGACGCGAGGGGGAAAAUUUACGGCUGGCGCCUGAAGAAGAACCUCCGAAACAUGGAGCUGCGAACGGGGCGGUACAACACGCGGAAGAAAAUUCGCAGAAGAGGCCUCCAACAGAUGCUCAAGUACGUCGACGACAGCGCGAUCCUCACCGCGGCGGAUUUCCGCGACAUGAUGAUCCUCAUCCCGCAAGGCCAACUCGAGACGGUGAGUCCGUACUUCAUGAAGGUGGGCCUCGACGUCGGCACGCGGCGGCUGCCGAUCCCGGACCGCAGAAAAGACGGGUCGCCGUGGGGCCACCUCCUCGCCGGCGGGCUCGCCGGGAUCGCGUCGAAGACGGUCUCGAGCCCUUUAAACGUCGUCGCCGUGCGAGCGAUCGCGUCGGGCGACGUGAACGGCCCGCGCACCGUCGGCGACCUCGCGAGGGCGAUGUCGAAGAUCGCGCGCGGACCCGAGGGCGCGCGCGGUCUGUUCAAAGGGAACAUGUCCAACAGCGUCGCGAGCGCGCCGGGGAAGGCGUUCGACUUUUUCGCGUACGCGACGUACAAGAGGUUCUUGCUGAAAGGCGAGGACCGCGAACCGACGAACCUGGAGCGUUUACUCGCGGGGUCGCUCGCGGGGAUGACGUCGGACACGUUGCUGUACCCGCUCGAGGUCGUCUCCACUCGGGUGUCGAUGAACCUUGGGAAGCCUUCGAACGUGUUCGCGACCGCGCGCGCGAUCGCGAAAGCGGGGGGCGUGCGGGCGUUAUACGCCGGGUGGGGCGCCGCGAUGGUCGGCGUCGUCCCGUACGCGGGGAUAUCGUUCGGGUGUUACGACAUGCUCUCGACCGCGUAUCGAAAACGGCUGGGCGGCGAGACCGCGGGGCCGCUUCCGACGCUGUGCUUCGGGUUCGCGUCCGGCCUCCUCGCGUCGACGCUGUCGUUCCCGUUGUAUAACGCGACGGUUCGGUUGCAGAGCGGCACGAUACCGGCGGGUUUAGUGGGGAAGCCGGGCUUGGUGAACGUCAUGACGCACGUGUAUAAAACCGGCGGCGCGAAAGCGUUGAUGAACGGGUGGGUGCCGUCGUGCGCGAAGAUCGUGCCCCAGGCCGGGGUUUCGUUCUUCGUUUACGAGAUCGUCAAGACAUGGCUCGACGGCGAGGAAGACGCGCGCGACGACGCGUCGAUCGAGGACUAG